AUGGGAAGUGAAGGCAAUUCAAGUCCCUUUGACGUUGAGAAAUCAGAAGUGGUUCUUGUGAAACCCGCAAAGCCAACACCUGAUGUCUCUCUCUCCCUCUCCGUUAUUGACAACGAUCCUCGUAUCGAAAGCAUCGUCCAAACCAUAUGCGUAUUUACCCCUGAACCCCAGCAAGCCAAACACGACCUCGCUGCUCUUCUCCAGUAUGCCCUUUCUCAUUCCCUUGUCUAUUACUACCCUCUCGCCGGAAAACUUCACCGGAAAUCCGACGACAACAGACUUCAGCUGAACUACAAAGCCGGAGAUGGAGUCCCCUUUACAAAGGCAACAUCCACAAGCACUCUCGCUUCUCUCAAUUACUUGGACAGUGCUGGGGACGCAGCUCACCAGCUUGUGCCUUGUUAUGCCCCUGUGAAAGGUUGCGAGGGAUAUGACCCUUUGGCUCUACAAGUCACUAAGUUUGCAUGUGGAGGAAUAACUAUCGGAAUGGCUCAUUCCCACUCCGUCAGUGACGGUGUUGGAGCGGCUCAGUUUUUCAAAUCGAUGAUCGAGCUUGCCUCCGGGAAGACCAAAAGUCCCAGUGUCAUCCCCGUAUGGGACAGAGAAAGGCUCCCCUUUAACGGAAAACUAGGAGACGUUGUUGGUUCGCCGAAGGCUGGCUCUAUUAUCUCAUUGACUGGCGACAUGACCCGUGAGAUCCUGAAUAUUACCUCCGACGAUAUCACGAAGCUCAAGAAAUCAAUCGCAGAGAACGAACAAUUUACAAAUGAGACCGAGAAGAAGGUUGUGGUCACGACUCUUGAGAUUCUUGCUGCUCAUGUCUGGAGAGCAAGAUGCCGAGCCCUGAACAUGAGUCCAGAUGAGACUGCGAUUUUAGACAUAGUUAUUGACAUCCGCAGCUUUAUGGACCCACCGUUGCCAGUAGGCUACUACGGCAACGGUUAUGUCAGCGGUAACGUGGUCUUGACAGCUAAGGAACUGAGAGAAGCCUCGUUGGCUCAUCUCGUGAAACUCAUAAAAGACAUGAAGAAAGCUGCGCUAGACAAGAGGUUUGUGUUGGGGAAACUUAGCGAGAUUGAGAGAAGAGUGAAAGAGAUGGAAUCGUUCAAGGGCAUCAGCCGAGGGUUCAUGACGCUUACGGAUUGGAGGCAAAUCGGUCUACAGUACGAUGGUUGGGGAGGUUUGAAGAACAUAAUACCUUUAGUUCCGAUGUCAAUGCCGUUUGUAUCUGUUCUAUUGCCAGCGUCAAAGGCGGAUCCAGCGAUGAGCGGUGGCGUUCGGCUGCUGGUAACGCUUCCUAAGGACGCGAUGACCAAGUUCAAGGAGGAGAUGAAUGCUAUCUAA